AACGAGUUCACAAUUCACGAACCUCACAUCACAUGUGGUCUACUCCCACGACGUACAAAAAGCUCAAACCCUCUUUUCCAACCCUCACUUACCCCCCUCCAUAACAGUCAUUCGCCGGAGAACCACCGUCCAUGGCGGCCAGUAUAUCCAUCGCCACCACAUCAAAGACCACUGUCCAUUUCAAGCACGCCGCAUUUCUUAGUCCCAGAACCGUGUCAGUAGGUACGCCUACUUUACCGCUCUGCCCCUCUGUCCUGGAAAUCGGCAGGAUUUUGAGGUACAAGACCAGGAAGCCUAGUUUGAUGGUUUGUACAGUGUUGAGGGAUGAGAAGUUGAGCCGGCUGGAGAUUCCGGAUUCAGGAACGAAAAGUGGAGAAGAGAGUGAGGAACUGGAAAGCUCUGAGGCGGCGGCGCGUGUCGCAGAGAAAGUGGCUAGGAAGAGAUCUGAGAGGUUUACUUAUUUGGUUGCGGCGGUUAUGUCCAGCCUUGGGAUUACUUCCAUGGCCGUCAUGGCUGUUUAUUACAGAUUUUCCUGGCAGAUGGAGGGUGGAGAGGUACCUUACACUGAAAUGUUUGGUACGUUUGCUCUCUCUGUUGGUGCUGCUGUGGGAAUGGAGUUCUGGGCAAGGUGGGCACACAAAGCGCUCUGGCACGCCUCAUUGUGGCACAUGCACGAGUCGCACCACCGACCGCGAGAAGGGCCUUUCGAGCUUAAUGAUGUUUUUGCAAUAAUUAAUGCUGUCCCAGCCAUAGCCCUCCUCUCCUAUGGUUUCUUCAACAAAGGCCUCGUUCCUGGCCUCUGUUUUGGCGCUGGUCUUGGAAUUACGGUUUUUGGCAUGGCGUACAUGUUCGUCCACGAUGGUCUCGUCCACAGGAGAUUCCCGGUGGGACCUAUUGCUAAUGUACCCUAUUUUAGAAGAGUAGCUGCAGCUCAUCAGCUCCACCACUCGGACAAGUUCAAUGGAGUCCCAUAUGGGUUGUUUUUAGGACACAAGGAACUUGAGGAAGUAGGAGGAGUAGAAGAGCUGGAGAGGGAAGUCAAUAGAAGGGCUAAAUUCUCCAACAACAUUUUAUAGUUUCUUGUACAUAUUUGGAAUGAAGAAAAAUAAGAAAACAAAGUGGGCAGUGAUAUUAUCUCUAAUCAAAUGAAUUGACUUAUGAUA